UAUAAACCCUUUGUAAGGUGCUCAUCUUUCUCCAUUACAAUUUACAAGAGCAAGAAGGCAUCAACCCAAAAAAAAAACAGUGCUGUGGAUUUCAAUUUUCAAAGGUUGGAGAAAAAGUGCUUACAGUGAUUACUAUGGCGACUACACUUCCAGAGUCUAUUGUUAUCAGAUCAUCUGCUUCACAGCGUUACCUAAGGUUCAUUACGGAACCCGCGGGUCAACGUGGCUUUGUAACUUCUUGGGAAGAAAAUGUUUUCGAACCAUUCGCGAAGAUUAUGGUGGAGCGGGCAGAAGUAAAUAGCAGAUUUGUUCACCUACGAUUCUGUCACACUAAUAAAUAUUGGGCACGAGUCAGUCUUGCUCAAAAUAAUUCGUGGAUUCGUGCUAAUUCCAACCAACCAGAGGAAGACACGUCCAAAUUAUCGUGUACGAUGUUUGAGCCAAUUACGUUGGAUACCAACGGUACACUCUCAUUUCGGCAUGUUCAAAGCGGAGGCCGUGUGCGAAUGAAUCCUGGAGGUAGCAGCCUCAAUAUUUUUGUGGAAGACGGCAAUGUUCCUUCGGUUAAUCAUAUUAGUUUCACUUUUAUUGAUUGGGAUACGCUAGUUAGACUGCCUAGAUAUGUGGCAUUCAAAGGCUUCAAUGACAUGUAUCUUCAAGCAAGGGUGAUCAAUAGAAACAACUUCAAUCAAUUCUCGUCUGAGGAUCCUAACACUGAGACCACUGGCUAUGAGAUCACGCUUAAUCCCAAUGGAUUUAUUCGCGUAAAGUCUAAUUUUUAUGAUCGAUUCUGGAGACGAAGUCCGAAUUGGAUAUGGGCAGAUUCAACGGAUAAUAUUGGCAGAGACAUCAACACUUUGUUUUGGCCUGUUAAAAUUAAUAAUAACACUAUUUCUCUUCACAACUCAGGUAAUAAUAGAUUCUGCAGUCUUCUAACAGCCGAUGGAAACGCCAAUUGUCUUAAUGCUGCAGUGAACAAUAUUACAAGAGAAGCAAGAUUAACAAUUGAAGAGCUUGUUCUAGACAGAAGUAUUUUUAAUGUUCGAUUUCGCAUGGAAGACGCUCGAAUAUACGACGAGCAAGCUUCAAUAGCAGGCAUCGGUUCUCCUAUUAAUGAAUCUGAAAAAGCAGCUACUUUGACUAUUACAAUUGGUUAUGAAGAUACAUCGUCGUUUUCUUUUAGCAACGGUUUAUCUAUAUCGGCUGGAGUCGAAACCACCAUUAGAACCGGUUUCCCGCGUAUUGCUGAAGGAGAGAUUACAGUUUCUACCGAGGUAACUAAAUCAUUCGAGUGGGAUAGAACAACAGAGGAAACAAGAAAAGCAGAAGCUGCGUAUGAAGUUGUCGUGCCGCCUAAAAGCCGGGUUAGGGUUCAUUUUAUAUCAACAAGAGGAACUUGCAGUGUCCCUUUCUCUUACACUCAGCGAGACAGAAGCUCUACUAAUGGAAACUUUAUAACUACCAACCAUAUUGAUGGUAUUUACACUGGUGUCAAUUAUUACAGCUUCCACUUCGAGAAACAUGCAAUCGAGCCUCUGUAACUCUCGACAUCAACAGUUUAUCUAUAUCGGCUGGAAUUCUACUGAUGCCGCCUUUUGCUUCUUUUUGUUCUAUGUUAUAUUCAACUAUGCUUUGCUAUCUGUUCUGGGUUUGUUUGCUCAUUUUUAAUUAUAUGCAAAUAAAAUGGUUAAUACAUUAUUUUA